UUCUAAAGAGGGGGAAAAUGUUUUACUGCUGGCUUAGAGAGUAUACACUGGAAUUCGCCCGUAUAAACCUAAAGGUUUGUGUUUUCCUGUGUCGAAUUGGGGGGGGGAGCAGCGGACAGCUCCGUGCGUCCGUUUCAGAUGCAGCCGAGGCGGACUGGAGCUCUUCUGCUCUGAUUGGUUGCUCGCACUUGACAGCUCUGCACAUGAUUGCAGGAAGAGAAGCCCGACCCCCUUUCACUCUUCCUAAAGGAACCAUUCAUAAACUACACAAGUCCAGCUCACAGCUGAGUGUGGACGAAAAGUGAGCGGGGCCACGCAGGAGAGAAUAAGAGAGAGAGAGAGAGAGAGAGAGAGAGAGGGAGAGAGAGAGAGGAGAUGAGCGGUCAGAGACGAUGUUUUAGCCUUUAGCGUCUGCAGCCCAGGACACACGGAUGGUGAACCCGCAAACCUGAAUAUGAAUCUACCUAGCCGUGCUGGAAGUGCUCAUGACUUGGACUGAUAUUUAGCAGGCUAUUACGUUGCAUCCCUAUCCGUUUCCUCCUCCUCACACUGACGUCCAUCCGCUACAACAGCACAAAAAAAAGAAAAGAAAAGAAAAAAAAAAGAAACUUUGAUUACACACUUUUCCUGCACGGGGAAGCAUUUGCCUCUGGCUUUACCGGUAAGCAUUGGAUCCGUCAACUUACUGCGACUCUCCGGUGUACAGCCCGGACCUCUGCCCAAACAUGAUUGCGACGCAGGCAAAGCUGGUUUACCAGCUAAACAAAUAUUACAACGAGCGAUGCCAAGCUCGGAAAGCGGCCAUUGCGAAGACCAUAAGGGAGGUUUGUAAAGUGGUGUCGGAUGUCCUGAAGGAGGUGGAAGUGCAGGAGCCGCGGUUUAUCAGCUCCCUCAGUGAGAUAGACGCGCGCUAUGAGGGGAUGGAGGUCAUCUCCCCCAAUGAGUUUGAGGUGGUGCUCUAUCUCAACCAGAUGGGGGUGUUCAACUUUGUGGAUGACGGCUCCUUGCCCGGCUGCGCGGUGCUGAAGCUGAGUGAUGGCCGUAAAAGGAGCAUGUCGCUGUGGGUCGAGUUCAUCACCGCCUCGGGCUACCUGUCAGCCAGAAAGAUCCGCUCCAGGUUUCAGACUCUGGUGGCACAGGCCGUGGAUAAAUGCAGCUACCGUGACGUGGUAAAGAUGGUAGCGGACACCAGUGAGGUCAAACUACGGAUCAGGGAGAGGUAUGUGGUGCAGAUCACCCCCGCGUUCAAGUGCACUGGGAUUUGGCCUAGAAGUGCAGCUCAGUGGCCCAUGCCCCACAUCCCCUGGCCCGGUCCUAACCGGGUAGCAGAAGUUAAAGCCGAGGGGUUUAACCUCCUCUCCAAAGAGUGCUACUCGUUAACGGGGAAGCAGAGCUCUGCAGAGAGCGACGCCUGGGUUCUGCAGUUUAGCGAGGCCGAGAACAGGCUGCUAAUGGCCGGCUGUAGGAAGAAGUGUCUGUCCGUCCUGAAGACACUGAGGGACCGUCACCUGGAGCUACCGGGACAGCCGCUCAACAACUACCACAUGAAGACCUUGCUGCUGUACGAGUGUGAGAAACACCCGAGAGAGACCGACUGGGACGAGUCUUGCCUCGGAGACCGACUGAAUGGCAUCCUGCUGCAGCUCAUAUCCUGUCUGCAGUGCCGCAGAUGUCCCCACUACUUCUUGCCAAACUUGGACUUGUUUCAGGGAAAGCCUCACUCAGCCCUGGAGGCUGCUGCUAAGCAGACGUGGAGACUAGCGAGGGAAAUCCUCACCAAUGCUAAAAGUUUGGACAAACUAUAAAAAAAGUGAUUGUCGAGACAGAGCCGAUAGACAUUUUGGGAUAAAACUAAACAGGACAAAAAAAAAAAAAAAAAAA